UGAUAAUAUAACUCAUCUCACAUGACUUUUCUUGAUUGUAGAAGUCAAAUUAUUGAUUUUUUUUAUUAGAGGAUUUAACUAUAAUUAAAAAAUUUCAUCAUAUCCAAGUACAAAAUUCAUGUGUGAAACAUCAAAGAAAUUCCCAUCUCUUUUUCAUGGGUUUAAGAUACUAACUUAAAAAUUAGAACAUAAGAGAAAAAUCCAUAUAAAUAGAAGUUAUAAACCUGGUAAACAUGUCUCAAGCUUUCAACGUGGUAUUUAUAAUGGCCUCUACACUCUUUCUUCCCUUUGCAUGCGUCUUCUUUCUUCUUUACCUUGUGCUACCAGUUCUUUCCCAUGUGCACUACCCUGAUCAUUUAAAAUCAAAUGGGUUAUCGAGUAAUAACACGACCCUAUCACCUUUUGAAUUUCUUAAAGCCAUGCAAGGAUGUCGUAAGGGCGAGAAACUGAAGGGUGUCCGUGAUCUAAAACUCUAUCUUGCUCAUUUCGGGUACUUAAACUACCAGAAAAACCCUAAUAACGUCACAGAUCUUGAAGAAGAUAAUUUUGACGAUGAGCUCGAAGCAGCCGUGAUGUCUUAUCAGGUCUACUAUCAUCUUAAUGUCACUGGGACGCUUGAUGGGCCAACGGUGUCCCAGAUGGUCAAACCUCGUUGUGGGUUUCCCGAUAAAGAAACUCAGCAUAACCAUAACACCAAUAAUUCUUUACAUACAAUCUCCCAUUACCGAUUCUUUCCAGGAAGACGAAAAUGGCCCACGGGUAAAAAGCAUCUAACUUAUGGUUUUGGAUCCCGUUUCCCAAGAAGAUUCAUUCCUCCUGUUGCUCAAGCUUUUAGGACAUGGGCUAAUGCUUCUGGGUACUUUACGUUUUCAAGAGCAAUAACUUAUCAGGGUGCUGACCUAAAGAUUAGUUUUCAACGUGGAUCUCAUGGAGAUAUCAGGGCAUUUGACGGACCUGGUGGAGUGUUGGCCCAUGCUUUUGCACCUACAAAUGGAAUAUUUCAUUUCGACGCUGAUGAUUCUUGGGUUAUUGGAGCAGUGCCUAAUGCUUUUGAUGUAGAGACUUUGGCGUUACACGAAAUAGGACACCUACUUGGGCUAGAUCAUAGUGAGUUUGAGAACGCGAUAAUGUGGGGUAGUUUCACUGCAGGAGUAACAAAAGAAUUGAACUCGGACGAUAUUGAAGGGAUCAAAGCUCUAUAUGGUGUUUAGAUUGUUGUAUGUGCUUCUAAGUGUUUUAGGUGUGCUUGUAAAUAAGAAGUGUGCUUGUUAAGACAUGUCCAUAUAAUAAUUUCGAAGUAUGUGGUUUACUUUGUGUGAUUGGUUGUUUGUUUAGUUAUUUAUUUAUUUUGUUGAACAUUUCCGCUUAAAACCGGAAUGUCAACGUUUCAAUAAAUAUAUGUUUGUUUAUA